GUUUACCACAGCUUUGAACAACGCCCCCAUCACCACCACCACCACCUCUACUUCUACCUCGCCGCUCCAGGCCGCCGCCACAGCGAACUUGACCUCUUCCAAAAUGGGCAGACCCCCUGUGUACUUUUUCUCUCACGGAGGACCCGACGUCCAAUACAACACCAAACACCCCGUCUACCCCGUCCUCCAAGCCAUCGGCAAGGAAAUCAUCCAAAAAGUCAAGCCCAAGGCCGUCGUCGUUUUCUCCGCGCACUGGCAAGCCACCCCCUCCGAGAUCCACCUCAACAACGCCCAUGGCAAGACCGACCUAAUCUACGAUUUCUACGGGUUUCCCGACCACUUCUACAAGGCGACUUUCCCUGCUACCGGAUCCCCCCAACUAGCCGCCAAGAUCCAGCAGCUCCUUACCAAGGCUGACAUCCAGUCCAAGGGUCUCAAGCGCGGGCUCGACCACGGCGUCUUCUCGGGCUUCAACGUCGCUUUUCCACCCAACACCGACCAGGCCAUCACCGUUCCCUUGGUGCAAGUCUCGCUGUUCAAGUCGGAAGAUCCGGACGCGCACUAUCGUCUGGGGCAGGCGGUUGAGGAGCUCCGCGAUGAGGGCGUGGUGAUUAUUUGUACCGGCAUGACGGUGCAUAACCUGCGGGACAUGCAGUUUACUUGGGGCGAUCCCAGGCCGCUUCCCUAUGCCGUCAGCUUCGAUGAUGCGCUGAAGGAGGCGGUGGAGGGCGAUGCGGAGGGCAGGCUGGAUCGGAUGAGGGAGGUGGUUAAAAGGGGGGACGCCAGACAGGCGCACCCGUGGAUGGAUCACUUGAUGCCCAUCUAUGUGGCGGCGGGCGCGGCAGGGAAGGAUAAGGGUGUGCAAACGUGGACACUGCAUGAGGGGAGCUUUGCUUGGGCGCAGUAUCGGUUUGGGGAUGUGCCUGAGGAGUAACAGGGGGUUUGAGUGGAGAGAGCGAUAUCCUGGGAUCGGAAAGGCGUUGUCUUGGAUAGAAGAGAGAGUAAUGUCCAUGACACAGUCCCAAAUAAAGGUAUUUCAAUAACAUCGACAUUCAUA